AAUUCUCACAUACUCUCCCUUGGAACUAUUUAGCGCCUACAACGGCGAAAUUUGUUUCCUAGAGAAAAAGAAUUCUCAAGGAAAACAGUGGCAAACUAAAAUUUUUUCUGAAUACUUUUAAUAUUCCAGCAGAUUCUCUAGGAAAGUAAAUAUUAAUAAGGAUUUCCCACAUUAUUCAGACAUUCUUCAUUCUCCAUUGUCUUAUCUGUGAACUUAAACAUCAAUUUCCUCCAGCAAGCUUGCGAUUCCGGGAAUCCCUUCACUCUGACGAGUAGGUUAUCAUUUCUUUGCUAUAAGGAGAUAUUGAUAUAGGGGGCAGUUAAAGCUUACACCCAAUAUACUUUGACCAUUAAGAAACUGAAGACCAAACGAAUCGAGAAACCAUAAGAAAUGAUGAGCUCAGUAGCGAAGCAUGUAUCCACCAUCUUCAAUCGACCGAACGUAGCCUUGUUGAAUCCACUAAGUUGGGAGCAGCAGCUACAACAAUGGCGGGGCAUACGGGUGAAGGUGCGGAACAACAACCUAGACCAAGCACUGUUCUUGAUGCAGAGGAAAAUGCAGUCCAGCGGAAUGGAACGCCUCAUAAAGCGUGAACAGCUUCACCAUAUCAAAAACUCGGAGAAGCGCGUCUUGGCUCGUAAGCUCCUUGAACGUAAACUCCGUUCUCAAGACCUCGCUCGUAAGCUCAAAUCCAUUCUCAUCAAGAAAGUCAGGGGUUUAUAAAGGAGAAUGUUCCAGCAGAGUUUCUUUAUCAACUUUCUGGACUUGGCUGGCUGAUUGCUACUGAAUCACCAUUUUCUUGCACCUUCCUACGUGGACUACACCUUUGAGAAUAAUGUUUUGAAUUUUAUGAGGUUUCUCUCCUUGAUGUAGAAUUUUGGCAAGUGUUAAUAGAAGAUCAUUGCUAGUUUGCUACAGGGUGUCUUUUCUUUUUCCUUCUUGGGACUGAUGCUUAAUUCAUCAAAUUAGAUUGUAAAGAAUGCACGAAUCGCCAUAGCCAAAUCUGAGGAGGAAAAGUAGCUGGAGAAACUGAUGAAAAAGAUAGUUACAACAACAACAACCCAGUAAAAUCCCACCAGUGGGGUCUGGGGAGGGUAGAGUGUACGCAGACCUUACCCCUACCCCGGAAAAACAAUAAAAAGUUACCUUGAUGCCAAAAUUAUUAAUUA